GCGUCCAGCGCCCGCCAACCGGGGGGGCAGCGGCGGCCGGAGCCGCCAUGGCCUCGCAGAACGCGGAUCCCGCCGCCGUGCCCCGCAAAGCGGCUGAGGCGGGGGCCACGGCGGCCCGCGGCGCGGUGGGGAAGAGGCUGCAGCAGGAGCUGAUGGCGCUCAUGAUGUCCGGUGACAAAGGCAUCUCCGCCUUCCCCGAGUCCGACAACCUCUUCAAGUGGAUCGGGACCAUCAACGGCGCCGCGGGCACGGCCUACGAGGAGCUGCGGUACAGGCUGUCACUGGAGUUCCCCAGCGGGUACCCCUACACCGCGCCCACGGUGCGGUUCCUGACCCCCUGCUACCACCCCAACGUUGACACACAGGGCAACAUCUGCCUCGACAUCCUCAAGGACAAGUGGUCAGCCCUCUACGACGUCCGCACCAUCCUGCUUUCCAUCCAGAGCCUGCUAGCAGAGCCAAACAUCGAGAGCCCCCUGAACACACACGCUGCUGAGCUCUGGAAGAACCAAACCGCCUACAAGAAGUACGUGCGGGAGACUUAUGCGAAGCAGACCCACAGCCAGGACAACUGACCGGCACCACCACGUCCCCCCCUGCCCCUGCCCAGCCGCUGCCACGGCUUCUGUAUCAUAGCUAUUAUUAAAUUAAUUUUGCAGUCUGA